UUUUUUUGGUAGCUUUUGACAUAUUUCAAAUUCUGUUUUGACCCAUUGUCACCCCCAUCGACGGUACUCUUAUUCCGUUUCUACCCAUUACGUGCUGGUCAGCCCAAAUUCAAAUAACUAAUCGUCACAAAAAUGUAUAAAAUGUUUUAGGAUGCUCUCGUGAAUCUUUGUUGAUCUUGUAUGAUAAUGUUAAAUUUGUGUUUUUUUAUAAACAUUGUAGCUCUUCUUUUUCCAUUUGGCUUGACCAUAUGAAACCGAUAUUGGUGAUAUAUUUGUAUCAUCAAAAUAUCACAUGUUAUCCCCUAUGAGAAAAUUUCUCUUGUAAAUAUUUGAUAGAUUAUCCAGUUGUUUUCACUUUUCUACCAUAUCAUACGAACACGCACGCCAAACAACGAUUACGUUUGCAAAGUGCAACGAGCACCGAUCAUUUGGACGGAUUGACGGCAAAGCGAGAGCGCUACUACUGACCUACUAAAUAAACUUCUCCAGUAUAUCGUAUUUUCUCCCGUCUCUCGUGCUUUCAAGUUGUCAGUACCAACAUUAUGUCUUGUACAACAGUUAAUUUUGAACAUCCAAGACGUGUGUAUCGCAUUGGUGGAUUUUUGCUAUUACGGUUGACAUUCGCAAAAUAUUUUGGAAUUGUGUGUUAUGGUACUGUGCUUAUGUACUAUGCAUUUAAAUGAUGAAAUGCAUCUAAAUGAGUAAUCAUCAGGCAAUUUAAUGAUAAUUUAUUAAAAACAAUAUUAAUCUUUUCGACAAUUGCAAGAAAUAUACACGUGCUUUAUCGUCAACUGUGUUAGUUUGUGCAGUAUGGAAAUGUUGCUUGGAGAAGUGUAUUAAGUUACGUUUGUGCUGUGAAGGUGUGAAUAGAAAGCAAGAUUAUGUGAGAUGUUUAAAAUACGAAGAAAUGAAACGAAAAGGAGAAAGUUGAAAGUGUGCAUCUUCCUGUUCAACUGCCUUGAAUGGAAGUUGCAGUAACUUUUCAUUUCUACAACGAAUCAUGCCAAAAUCAGCUGUGUCUAGAAAUACAAUUCUAGAACUCUAGCAAAUAAUUUCUUGGUGUAUGGCAUACUUGAUAGAAAAAUUUGAAAUGUACAGAAAUUGGAAAACGAAAUUAUUCUUUUUAUUUUACGAUUGUGACUAACGAUCGAUGAUAUGAACCAACAAAAACGAAGAGAAGUGGGAUUAUUUCACCUUCUUAUUUUGGUGAUGCUGAUACCAAUAUUGACUACACAUGGGUUAGGAUACGAUUCCGCUUCAUCAUGCGAUCCAAAUGCAUCACGGAAAGGGCGGUCGGCACAGUUAAUUAGAACAAUUCCAUGCGAUCUGAGCAUUCAAGCGUACUGCAAUCUUCCAGGAGCAUCCUACCCUUGGCAUGCUGUUCGGCGGUUUGUACAUGAAAACCAAGGUCUAAUGCGAAGAAUGUAUGGUGAUGUAAGACACAUAUCUGUGUUAAAGGCAGAGAUAGAUGAUAAUGAAAUUCAUCUGGAAGAUGUACAUCAUGCCGCCGAGAAAUAUUCACGUCUUAAUGCAGGAAAAAAAGUAAAGCAUUUAUAUGCUCCGCAUCAUGAGUAUAAUCGUGAAAAAGGGAAUGACGUCCUCACAGAGCCUUAUUUCAGACCCACACAAAAAACAUCUACCACUACUACUACUCCACCUUCUACUACUACUCCUACUACUUCUACUACUACUGCUACUACUACUAUUAUUAGUUCUUCCACUCCAACUACAACUACAAAUAGUGUCACAGAAAUAAACACAAUCAAACCAUCAACGAAUCAACCACCAACCACAAGUGCCAAAUUCGUUCCAAUCAAAACUACUAGCAAGCCAACAUUUUUAAAUAUCACAUUAAACAGUAUAAAACCAGAUACAGUAGACUUCCCUGCAAAGCCCAAUAGAACCAAAAUUGUGAUGAAUACAGCAAAUGGCAGUACAAUCGAUAUUGAAAAACUUUCUACUAUAGCCAUCUUGGAAACCAAUGAAACGUUGCUCGGUAACAUGUCGAUUAUCGAAAAAGAAGAGAAUAAAGUUUCACAUCUGAAAGUGCAAACUGAAAAUAGUACUAUUACACAAGACGUUACUACUCCAUCGAGUUACAUAGCUUCUAAGACAAAAAAUGAAGAAAAUUUAUCAGAUGCACUUGUAGACUCUUCAAAAGAGAAUAUGAUAAAUACAGUAACGGAGAAAAAUGAUACCAUAAAAGAUUCAGUGAAAAAUUCAAAACCGAUGGGCGGGCAACUAUUUCAAGAUGUUGCCCAAAAAGAUCAACUUCCUGUGGGAGUAAAAGGAGUUAACGCUUGUCCUGUGAAAGAAGAGGUCGUAGCUCCAUUUUGGGCAAACAACACUCGAGGAGAGGUACUUGCAUUAUUGAACCUGUAUCCAUUCGAACAAUAUGUUCACUGGGAAAAAUGUGCAUAUGAAUUAAAACAAAUGUACUGUAGAGAAGGAUGUCGUUGUGAACAACAGUACAGGCUUCACCGUCUAUUAGCGUAUGAUCCACACAAUGAAUGCCGUGGCAUAUUCUCAGAUUGGUUCAGGUUUCCAUCAUGUUGUAUUUGCAAAUGUUAUGACAUUCCGUUUGAUUUCCGUGUUACAUCUAGAAGUCCGAGGACAAUGAAUAAAGAAUCAAUUCAAACAGUGGAAGAUGAAUUACAAAAUGCUAUUUAUGACCAUGCCGUUGAUGAAUGGUAUCGUCCAAAAAAUAAUGAUGACUUUUGAGUAAUAUUAUAUACAAAAUAAAUAUUUAGAGUUAGA